AUGUCUGGAGCACAGGAACAGGCGCCUCAUGGCGCCGAGUACCGUCAGCACCUUCCAGACAUUAGCAUUCCUCGCUUCACGACGAUGCGCAAUCAGGAUGCUCACGAAUAUGCCAAGGUGUUCAAAGAGAGCGGCAACCCGCCGUGGCUACAUGCCCUGUACCUUCAUUGGCGUAGCCUUUUCAAAGAGCCAUACACCGGCAUCACAACAGAUGGCACGGUCAAACGGGACUUAUUCAAAAUCGCCGACGAGGGCGUGCCGAUUCAGCAAAUCGUCGAUGCUACAAACGCGGUUCUGUCACAGCUAGACGACAAGCAGAAGACAACCCUCUCAUACCAUGUCGAUUCCCCGGAAUGGCGAUCAUGGUCGAACCCCGAGUUUCUCCUCAGCGACAAGGGUUUACGGCUGGAUGAGUUAAAUCCGCAAAUCCGCGACAGCAUCCUGAAAGUCCUCGAGACGACGCUAUCCCCUGAGGGGUACGCGAAGGCGCUCGGUGCCAUGCGCGUAAACGGCUUUUUGGGCGAAUUGGUACAGACACCCACCAUUUGCAACGAAUUCUCUUACAACUUUGUCCUCUUCGGACUGCCCUCGGCGACGAGGCCAUGGGGCUUCUCAUUUUACGGUCACCAUCUGUGCCUGAACAUUUUCCUGUAUCAGGGUCAGAUUGUAGCAUCGCCGUGGUUCACUGGGGCAGAGCCGAACCUGAUUGAUGAUGGCCCAUACAAGGGCACUCGUAUCCUUGAGACCGAAGAACGGCUAGGCUUGCAGCUUAUGCAGUCGCUCCCAGCAAACUUGCAGCAAAAGGCGCAGACCUACAAACUCCUCAAAGAUCCCGCAAUGCCGAAAGGACGGUGGAAUCACGACGACCAGCGACAUCUCUGCGGCGCCUACCGAGAUAACCGAAUUGUGCCAUAUGAGGGAAUUUUGGUGUCGGACAUGACAGGCGAGCAGCAGCAGCUGGUUCUUGGUAUCCUGGAGCAAUAUCUCAUCUAUCUUCCUCAGAAGUCCAGGGAGAUCCGGGUCAACCAUAUCAAGUCUUUCUUCCAGGAGACGUACUUUAGUUGGAUUGGCGGCUUCGGUGACCAAGAUCCCUUUUACUACCGCAUCCAGAGCCCGGUUAUCCUCGUGGAGUUUGAUCACCACUCAGGAGUCUUCUUGACAAACAAGGAGCCCGCAAAGUUUCACAUUCACACUCUUCUGAGGACGCCCAACGCUGGCGACUACGGUAUGGCCCUUCGACCACUGAUUCCUGGUAUUGAGCAAGAUUUUGUGUGGGAAGGUUAG